GGAGAGGACUGAGGGCCCGGGGCUCGACCGGUUGGGCCGAGGAGCUGCGGCGAAAGGCAGAGCACCGCGAUCUCUGUCGGGAGGCGCAACUUCCCCGGGCCCUGCGGGGCCGCGCAAGGGGCGUUCUCAAUCUCGUGCCCGCUCCCGCUUUCCACGCCCUGCCGCCCGCAGGCCACCCCGGGGCCCGGUUAUCCGCGCGCGCGUCCCCGGGCUCGGGCCCGUCGCCGGCCCUCGAGGGAACAGUUGCCUUCACCGACACCUCCGCAGAGGCCGCGCCAGAGACCGCCCAGGCAGGACCCCGGCGUGAGCAUCGAGGGCCCCCCAAGGAGUGUACGACCCCCGGAGCCGCCCUCAACACGGACCGCGCCCGCCGGGCACACAAGAAUGGUCACUCAGAUACUCGGGGCCAUGGAGUCUCAGGUGGCGGGGGGCCCGGCCGGCCCGACCCUGCCCAACGGGCCACUCCUUGGUACAAACGGAGCCACUGACGACAGCAAGACUAACCUCAUCGUCAACUACCUGCCCCAGAACAUGACCCAGGACGAGUUCAAGAGCCUCUUCGGCAGCAUUGGUGACAUCGAGUCCUGCAAGUUGGUUCGGGACAAGAUCACAGGGCAGAGCCUGGGCUAUGGGUUUGUGAACUACUCUGACCCGAACGACGCAGACAAAGCCAUCAACACCCUCAACGGCCUCAAACUGCAGACGAAGACCAUCAAGGUGUCUUAUGCCAGACCCAGUUCUGCAUCCAUCCGGGAUGCCAACCUGUACGUCAGUGGGCUACCCAAGACCAUGAGCCAGAAAGAAAUGGAGCAGCUCUUCUCUCAGUAUGGCCGCAUUAUCACCUCUCGCAUCCUGGUGGACCAGGUCACAGGUGUUUCUCGGGGUGUGGGAUUCAUCCGCUUCGACAAGAGGAUUGAGGCCGAGGAGGCCAUUAAGGGACUGAACGGGCAGAAGCCGCUGGGCGCGGCCGAGCCCAUCACAGUCAAGUUCGCCAACAACCCAAGUCAGAAGACAGGGCAGGCCCUGCUCACUCACCUCUACCAGUCGUCUGCCCGGCGCUACGCAGGCCCCCUGCACCACCAGACGCAGCGCUUCCGGCUGGACAAUUUGCUCAACAUGGCCUAUGGAGUCAAGAGUCCCCUGUCGCUCAUCGCCAGGUUCUCGCCCAUCGCCAUCGAUGGCAUGAGCGGCCUCGCGGGCGUGGGCCUGUCGGGGGGCGCGGCGGGUGCUGGCUGGUGCAUCUUCGUGUACAACCUGUCGCCAGAGGCGGACGAGAGCGUGCUGUGGCAGCUGUUUGGGCCCUUUGGUGCAGUCACCAAUGUUAAGGUCAUCCGCGACUUCACCACCAACAAGUGCAAGGGCUUCGGCUUCGUCACCAUGACCAACUACGAUGAGGCCGCCAUGGCCAUCGCCAGCCUCAACGGCUACCGCCUGGGCGAGCGCGUGCUGCAGGUGUCCUUCAAGACCAGCAAACAGCACAAGGCCUGAGCCGCCGCCGCCGCCCUCCCCACCCUCCUGGGCAGCAGACAGAGAGAGAGAGAGAGAGAGAGAGAGAGAAGGGGCCGGAGAGAGACAGCGCAGGCAGACCACGGAUGGCACCAGGGUGAGCCACGUGCGGAAGCCACAGGGUGAGCACUCGGGGUGGGAGAGUCUGCCAGGAAUGGGGGGUGCCUGGGGGUCCCCCACCCCAUCCUCCUGCCCCCACUCCAGGCUGGGCCAUCCACUCUCUCCUCUUGGUUUUGUCCAUGGUGACGGUUUUGUUUCUUUUUUCGGCUAAAAAGAAAGCAGAGAUGUGCCCCCAUCCCACCUUCAACCACCCUCCCUGGGAUGGCUUUGGGGGGCACUAGCUGUGCCCCCCAGGCCCCCUUGCCCAGGCCUCCCCAACACCUAGGUGAGCCUGAGGGGAGGGGGGAACAGGUUUAAAAAUCCCCAAAAAAGCAAAAUGUGAGGAGGGGUGUGGGCACCCCUGGCCUGGAGCCCCUUGGUGUGAAGUGUGAGGAGCAGUGAGAGGGGCUGGAAACAGAAACAAGAUGAAAAAAAAGGGGGGGUGGGAGGGGAAGAAAAACUCUAUUUUUGUAAAAAGGGAAAAAAAGACCUCGAGAAUUUUUACUGGGGAUUCUUGAACUUGAAAAAAAAAAACACAAAAAAAGACAAAAAAAAAGAAAAUAUUUUGGCAGGUUAUGUUUACCAACUGGGGCAGGGGUAGGGAGCACGGCUUGGGGGCUCAGGGCCCAUGGGGGCCACACAGAGAAACACAGCCACGCAGAUAUACACCCCACAGGAACACACAGCAACUCUGGCAGACCCAGAGAUGCACCUGGACCCGAUGUAGGGAUUCGUUGGCCAAACACAUAGACAAAUAUAUGGGCAAACACAGGAGGGCAAAGUUAUGGGGCUAUGUAAAUGUAGCCGCAGGCGAAUGUGGCCGUGGACAAAGGUGGACACGCGCAUGUGACUGUGUGAGCAUUUCCACGUGGACCCAUGGAAAUGGAGACAAGAUACGUUUGGACACACAGAUCUAGAUGGCCAGUCACAGAGAACCAUAGACACAACAACCAGGACACAGACAUGUUCAUAGCAUCCCUCAGGCCCAGGCAAGAGGUCACAAAGCCCAGACCCAGCCCGGUUUGCUCCGUCUAGCUAGGCUGGCCCGACCCCUCCUCCUGGCACUCAGCCCCUCUCGCCCCUGCCCUGGAUUCUCUGCAGAGCUCCCACCAGCCCAUCAGGAGUCCCUGCCGCCCACUGACAGGCGUGCACACACAGAAUCCAUGCAUCCAGACACAUGAUACCUCGUUCCACUUUUGGCGUCAUAGUGGGCUGGAGGCAGCCCCCCCAACACUUGAGGCCAAAGGACCCCCUGUCCCUGGGGCUGUGCCUCCCUGGGCAGAGGCCAUGGCCCACGAGGCCCAGGGGGAGGCCAGGUCCUGAGUCUCCCCCACCCAAAGCCUCCCCAGCAGCAAGCUCCCCGCCACUCCCCGCCAGGCCCGGGGUGGAAGGGCCCAGGGGCCCAGCCCCGCAUUCCCCCCACCCCUGACCUGUCCACUCAUCACCCCAUUUGAGUUUGUUGGGUUUUUCCAUCUUUCCAGAUUAUCGAGGGCAAGUGGCUGCAGCCCCCAACUUGUGCCCCAGCCCCAGCUUCUGUCUGGACUUCCCAUCCUCCUAGUUUGCAUUCUUUGUAAAAAAACAAAACAAAACAAAAAUUUCCAACAGACGCCAAAGGCCGGAGUCCUCGGGAGCCCUCACAGCCCCCCACAUCCCCCAACCCCACAGAGGGCCCAGUCAGAACCGCAUCGCAAACCCCGAGUUCAGCUUCAGUUACCCUCCUCGGCGUCCCUGCGUUUGGUGUCCGGCCUCGGCCCCAUCUGACUGCCCAGCUCUCUCUCCCCGCCCCUCCCGGUGUUUCUUAUUAAACGUCUGUGGAGCUUCUGCUGCAAGGAACAAAAAGAAAAAAAUAAAAUAAAAAAAGCAACAAAAAACACAAACAGAAGAGAAAAAAGCAACAAAAAAAGGAAGAGAAAAAAAACAGAUUUAAAAAAAGGUAAAAAAAAAAAAAGACAUAAACUGGCACCAGUUAACUUUCUUGUACUUUUUUGCCGAAUUUAGCUUCUUGUAGUUUUAACUUAUUGCUAUGUUAACUAUUUAUUCUCCUUGUUGCCCUGUAAAGACAUUUGUGUGUAUUUCUGUUCCUUCAUCCAGUUUGCAAGUUUAAAGGGACCACGAUGUUCUCUUUGUUUCUUUUAAGUUUUGCCGAGACGUGGUUAUGCCUAAUUUAUUUAUAAAAGAGGAAGUGGAAUCAUUAAAGUAAUAAUAAUUAUUAAUAACAGUAAUGGUAGCUGAGCGGCGCCCGGGGGGGCGUGUGCUCUGCGGGGACAGUCCCCGUGGCCAGCGACGUCCGGGGUAUUCAGUGGGAUUAUUUUUGCUCGUCUUGAGAAUUUUUUCAGUCCUAUUUAGCUGGUGAAAACCCUAGCUUGUUCUUGAUACAUGAACCUAUUUAUUCUUGUGGUUUUUAAGUCCUCCUUGACUUCCCCAUUCCCCUCCAGCAGGGCAGGCCCCCCAGCGGGUCCACCCCUCUCCCUCUGCUGUUCCUGGGGGCCUUCUCCCCUCCGCCCUCCAAACGCAGGACACGUGUGCACACGUGGGCAGCGUGCGGGAGGCGUCUGUGAGCAAUAAGGGCUGGGUUUGUCCCCCACCCUGGGGGGGCUGGGCUCUGGAGAGGGGCACCUCCCCACACCCACCCCCCAACUGAGGCCUAGGCCCCUGCCAUCCCCAAGACUGGGAGGGGACUUCUUUUUCUAAACCACAGAACUCAGCCCAGCCAGCCAGGCCCCUCCCUGGAGGCCAGCCCCUCACCCCAGAAGAGGGGGCCUGGGGUCUUCCACGUCCCUGGGGGGCAAGGGCAGGGCCUGUGGGGUGGGGGCUCAGCCCCUCCAACCCUCCUUUCAUCCUGUUAUUUAUUCAGAAGGUUUCAAAUCAGGAGAGAGUCCAUGUUGGAGGUGAUAAAGAACUGUAAAAAAAAAAAACACACAAACCCAACAAGAACACUUUGUGUUGCAUUUAGACUAUUUAUUACUGGGAUUACAGGCCUGGCCGCGGUAACAGACUUUUACAUGGAAUUGUUUAAUUAUUUGUACUUUUCAUGCCAGAAAAUAAAAGUUCAGAAUCUUA